AUGAAGCAAUUCGCUGGACUUGUCUUUCUUUGCAUCGUUUCUUUCUCCUGCAUUCUUGGAAAUGCUGACUCUAGUCUGAUUUCUGAUCUGUGCAAACAUUGUGACGACCCAAAACUCUGUCUCUCUACCAUAAAAGCGCGUCCUGAAUCCGGUGAGUUUGCAGCCACAACCAACCAAAUAGAGAUUAUAGCUAUCUCCGUUGCCUCGGCCGACGCUUCUGCUACUUCGGCUUACAUUAAGGAAAAGUUGAGCCACGAAGAUAUUCAGCCAGCGACAGAGGCCACAUUUGAAGACUGCCAGAAGAACUACCAAGAUGCUGUGGAACAGCUCGACGACUCAAUCUCCGCCAUGCUUGCCAACGCACAUGCCGACGUUGACGUCUGGCUACACGCGGCGAUCAGCGCCAUAGAGUCAUGUGGUAACGAGUUGGAGUCACACGGAAGAAAUGAUGGAGAGCUUUCUAAGAGAAAUGAGGUGUUUCUCAAGUUGUGCAAAAACGCUUUGGUGAUAAACAAGAUAUUAACAUGA